AUCUGUGUCUGAACUAUGAACAGAGCUUCCAAGACAGCUGAGUCCAGCAUUACCAGAGAGGGACACAGCAGAUUCCAAUCUAGCAGUACCAUGGAAACCAAGAGAACUGUUCUGGCAAUCCUGGCUUUCUGCCUGUUGUGCGCGGCUGUAACUGAAAGCAUUCCAGUGUCAAGGACUGGAGAACUCAGGUGUCUGUGUAUAACAACAGAAAAAAAGCCCAUCCAUCCCAAGCACAUAAAGAAUAUUGAGAUGAUCCCUAAAGGACCUCACUGCAAAAACGUUGAAGUCAUUGCAACUUUGACAAGUGGGGAUGAUGUCUGCUUGGAGCCAACAGCUCCAUGGGUUAAGAGGAUCAUUGAAAAAAUUCUAGCUAGCUCUAAGCCUGCAGCACCUGUUCCUGUCCUUUAAGUUGGUGAUUGUGGAGCCCAAGAAAUGUAUAAGUUCCAUCUACGUUGUAAUGUCAACAGUGAGUGGAACCUGCUUGUGGUUUUCACAUUCGGGGACAACCUAUGAAACAGAUUACAACCUUCAACAACCAACAGCAAUCAUGGCUACAUGGACAGAAAGCUGAUUACUAAAAUGUGGUUUGCAGAAGAUCCUGUCUAAAUAAUAUCUUUAUGUUCCCAGUUAUGGGCAUACUUAUGUAGGAAAUCAGACAGCAGAUUAAAAUAUUAGUUAUACUAGUUUUAUGUGGUUUCACAACCUAAAGAAACAACAAGGAAACGUAGGAAAAAACGAAAUAAAUCGUGUUUGUGUGUUUUUGAAAAGCUUGUUCUAAGGACUAAUUACAUAUUUGCAGUUUCCUGCUCAUUAACAAUUCAGGGUACAAGAGAAAAAUUGUGUGACGUUUAACAUUAACUUAAUUAUAAUUCCAUGAUAAAGCUUUCGAUUCCUGGAAGAAACUUUAAAUUGUUUUUAUACUGUAAGCACACUGAGCAAUAUGUAUUUUGUCUGGAUUAUUUUAAUUUGUGAGAUUUAUUUAUUGACAGUAUUUAUUUCUAACAUGUAAAUAUUAAUAUUUGAUUAUAUUUAUUUUAUUUGUAAAGCCAUUUCAAUUUGUUGCAUUAUUAAAUACAUUUUUGUUUUUAAUUUUCUUUUAAAA